UUGACGCCCGCGCUGUGGGCACCAAGAGCCUCCGAGCAACUCACGCGUUAAGAGCUGCCUCCGCGGCUGCUCCUCCGGGCUAAGCGCAGCUCCCCAAGCGGCUGGGCUGUCAUCUCCUCCAAGGCCUGGGAAGCAAACCCCUCUUAUCAUGUGUAUUCGGACUGUGAAGGAUAUUGACGCAUCUGACUACAACCAAAGAGAUCUGUAAAAAAAAUAAUGCAAUGAUGACUCGAAUGCUGCUACUGCUGUUGCUUCUUGGGCCCCUUUGUUCGCCAUCAUCUCGACUUUCGGAAAAGCAUGACUGUCUGUUAGAUAACAGUAAGCUACGGCAGAGGUUAAAAAUGCUUCAAGACUUAUCCUAUUUGUGUGAGAUGCAGUUGAAGGAUCUCUUGGGGAACAACUAUCACAGGAAAAAGAGCAAGAUAUUCUCUGCCAUGAGAACAUGGCAGAAUACACUUUUGCCUGCAACUAGUGGGAACCUCCUAGUCUAUGACCAAGACUGUGCAAUGGUACUUAACAGUGGCAAAACUGAAAGUGGCUACUACAGAGUUAAGCCUAGAGCAGACAGAGAACCUUUCCUUGUGUACUGUGACAUGUCCGAUGGGGAAGGGUGGACGGUGAUUCAACGGCGCAGCAACGGCAAAGAGAAUUUCUACAGAAGAUGGGCUGAUUACAAACAAGGAUUCGGACAGCUGCAGAACAAGGAUGAUGAAUAUUGGCUUGGGAAUGAUAAGAUCUAUGACCUGCUCAUCAGAGGGGAAACGUCCUUGAAAAUUGACCUGAUGGACUGGAAGGGGGAGAGAAGAUACGCAAUUUAUGACAAUUUCCAAAUCCAGAAUGGGAAGAGUAAGUACAGGGUAUGGUUUGGCACCUUCUCCGGGACUGCUGGGGAUGCUUUAUCUGGAGGAGGCAGCUAUGAACAGCAGUGGUCUGCCUCGCUCAAGGGAAUGAGGUUCUCUACCUCCGACAAGGACCAUGACCGGUUCCUGACGGGCAACUGCGCCGAAGAGAACAAAAGCGGCUGGUGGUUUAAUAGAUGCCAUGCAGCAAAUCUCAACGGACAAUACUACAAGGAUGGGGAAUAUACCGGUUCCUUUGACAAUGGAGUGGUUUGGGCAACGUGGCGAGGAUUUUGGUAUUCUCUCAAAUAUACAGCCAUGAAGAUCAGGCUCCUGUCUGACGUGGAGAGCGGAGAUGGUGAACACUAAGAUGAUCCGAGCAUGCGUCUCAAAGUGAAUAUAUAUAAUAGUGCAAAUAAACCCUUUUAGGAAUGAUACACAUUCCUCAGAUUUAAAAUCAGUUCCAUUGCAAGCAAUAGAACUGGAGCAACACCAGUUCAGCAGCAGCUUCUAAAUUUUUGCAGUGAACACACCAUGAACUAUGGUGCAAUUCCCAUGCUGUAUUCUGCUUUGGGCUUCCCAUAGCAAUAGGAUAUCUGUAUCUGCUACUUGGCAAGGCAAAGAAUUACAGAGAUGGAGACCAGUGGGUACAAGUUCCUUGGGGUGGGGUGGGGUGGGGAAUGAGACUGUCAGCCAGCCAGGACUAAGAAGGAAGGUGUUGCUCAGUUUACCCAGAGUAAUGCUUAAAACAAUACCCCGACUUGUUCGCAAUUACAGUAAGAAAAAAAAUGCAUUAUCCUGCAAAAAUUAAGUAGGAAAAUGUUGUAACCUAUCCAGUGUAGGGAUCAAAUCUGCAAGAAUUAUCUAUUCUUUUUUCUAAUUAAAAAAAGAAAGGGGCUGGUACUGUUUACCACCUUGGGGCCCAAGCCUACCCACCCAAAGAGGUGCUGGUACUACAGAAAGGGGGGGCUGAGAAUUAUAUAAUCCAUUGUUUACUGGAUGGUGUGAAACCCCCCCUCACCCCACAAAUAAAACCAUUUCCACCAAAAAGAAGCUGUUUGCAUACCAGUCUUUUUUUUUUUUAAAUGUUGUAUUGGAGCCAAGCUACAAGUGACGCCUUACCCAGGUUGGACUCUUGUCAGCUUCCCUCAAGUUUUGAUGGGAAAUGUAGGCGUCCUGGUUUUACAGCUUGGCUCUCCAUUACAGCUGCAAGACCAGGAUGCCUACAUUUCCCAUCAAAACUUGAGGGAAGCUGACAAGUGUCCAACCUGUGUCAGGCAUCACUUGUGGCUUAGCUCUUGGAGUCCUUCCCAUAAUACACCUUUUUGGCUCUGGUGGCUUUCUUGACUGUGGAGGGGAAAGAAAAAUCAAAAUGGGGAAUCUAAUCAAAGCAGAAGACAGUCUAUUAUCUCAAAAGCUUAAUAUUUUCUUUUGAGUAAAUCAAAGCACAAUUUUUAAAAAUGGGAGCUGUAGUGAUUCUAACAAAGGUCUGCACAUUGUUGUUGGGGGUGGGGAUUGGCAUGUUUCAAUAUAGCACAUGGACCAUCUGUCACCUGAGCCCUUUCCUUUAAAAAAGGUACAAAUAGCUGUACCCCUUUAGGAGAAAAUGAAAUGCAUAUUCAUAAUCCCAAAUUUAAUGAAAUUAAGGAAGAAGCAACAAUAUUUGUAUGAGGAAAUGUACUUACUGUAAAAAGUUCCUUUAUUUUUGUAUCAAUAUUUUUUAACCCAUGUAGUAUAAAAUACUUUGUAAACUA